CAGCCAGAGAGCAGAGGAGGACUCGUGUCUCCGCUUUCCUCUCCGAUACCCCCGCCAGAAAAAGAAGCCCCAGCGAGGAGACGACCGGGUGCGCGGCGCAGAUAUUAAAAAACACUACCGGGAUUUUUUUUUUCUUCAUCUUAUAUGUAUUUUUGCAGGAUUUCAGCAGCGAGAGCGCCACAGAGAAUUAGAUAGAGAAGCAGAAGCAGAAAAAGAAGGAGAAGAAGAGAUGGACGAGCAGACGAGGUUGAUGCACUCUCACACGGGGGUAGGCAUGGCAGGGCACCCCGGCCUGCCGCCGCAUAUGCAGGAGGGCAACGGAGGGACGGACGGCGACGGAAGAAAACAGGACAUUGGAGACAUUUUACAGCAAAUCAUGACCAUCACGGAUCAGAGUCUGGACGAAGCUCAAGCCAGGAAACACGCUCUCAACUGUCACAGAAUGAAGCCAGCUCUUUUCAAUGUCUUGUGUGAAAUCAAAGAAAAAACAGUGCUGAGUAUCCGCGGCGCUCAGGAGGAGGAGCCCCCGGAUCCCCAGCUCAUGCGCCUGGACAACAUGCUGCUGGCAGAGGGCGUGUCCGGCCCGGAGAAAGGCGGAGGCUCGGCGGCGGCGGCGGCUGCAGCGGCGGCCUCGGGGGCGGGAGCGGCGGCGGCGGACAACUCCACGGAGCACUCGGACUACAGGGCGAAGCUGACCCAGAUCAGACAGAUCUACCACACAGAGCUGGAGAAGUACGAACAGGUGUGUGCACGUGCAUCCUCCUCACAGGCGUGUAACGAGUUCACCACCCACGUGAUGAACCUGUUGCGGGAGCAGUCACGCACGCGGCCGAUUUCGCCCAAAGAGAUCGAGCGCAUGGUGAACAUCAUCCACCGCAAGUUCAGCUCCAUCCAGAUGCAGCUCAAGCAGAGCACCUGCGAGGCCGUCAUGAUCCUGCGCUCCCGCUUCCUCGAUGCCAGACGGAAAAGACGAAACUUCAACAAACAGGCAACAGAGAUCCUGAACGAGUAUUUCUACUCACACCUCAGUAACCCGUACCCCAGCGAGGAGGCUAAAGAGGAGCUGGCGAAGAAGUGCGCCAUCACAGUUGCCCAGGUUUCCAACUGGUUUGGGAAUAAAAGAAUCAGAUACAAGAAAAACAUUGGUAAGUUCCAAGAAGAAGCCAACAUGUACGCUGCGAGAACUGCCGUGAAUGCGGCUAAUGCAUCCUCACAUGGAAGCCAAGCAAAUUCACCCUCAACUCCAAACUCUGCAGGUUCUGGCGGCUCUUUUAACAUGUCAAACUCUGGCGACUUGUUCAUGAACGUGCAGUCUCUCAAUGGGGACUCCUACCAGGGGGCUCAGGUGGGAGCCAACGUGCAGUCACAGGUGGAUACCCUUCGCCAUGUUAUCAGUCAGACAGGCGGAUACAGUGAAGGACUCACAGCCAACCAGAUGUACAGUCCGCAGGGCAUCAAUGCAAACGGCGUCUGGCAGGAUGCUCCGACCCCCUCGUCAGUGACUUCACCCACAGAAGGACCCGGAAGUGUACACUCCGACACCUCCAACUGAUCCUCCACCCUCACCCCUCCAGCUUCCUCCAUCACUGCAACCCCCCCAGCCCUCCCACCCACAUCCCCUAAAACUUAAGAUCAAUCCCCAUCAGGACUGGACGUGACGUACUGUAUGUAGUCACGCAGCGGGACACAGCUGGGGUCUGGGAUGACAUUUGCAGACAAAUGUUUCACUUUUCCUAUCCGGACUACCACAGCAUCGUAAGCAGCCUGUGUAGGGGACUCACAUCCACACUUCAGUUUGUACAGUUUCCACUCAAUGUCCAUGUUGCCUCUUUGUAUCUCUCUUAUUAUCAUUGUUAUUAUGUGUUCACACAGUUAGCAGCGUAACGCCCCACGACUUGUAAAUUGAAAUGCUUCCACACUACCUCGAUUCGACAACAACACGAGAAUAUUUCUUCGGUUUUACAAAUUUUUAUAAUGAUUGGAAUUUUGCUGUACACCUCAGCACGCCCUGUCGUAACACCUCUGUCUUUAUUCACAGAGCACUGUGAACUCUGUCCACAGUGCCAGAGUUCAACCCUGGAGGGGGAUUUUGAUACAGUUACGUUUUUAUGUCCUUCCAUUUUCCACCCCAUACUUUGUAAAGUAUUAUUAUUAUGUUAGUCCAGUCAUAUUAGUCAGGUAAUAACUCGAUUUAUAUUCAGAACUUCUACAGCAGACAGUGACAUAUAAGGCAUUUUAUAUUUUAUCGCCAGAGAAGCAGGAUUUCUGCUCAUCUGCAGUACAAUAAUGCAAAGAAUUCACAAUUUUCACGCAAGCACUUAACAAAUGGAGCGCGACUCAUGAAGAUAUUUGACGUCCUGUUGUGCUUGUUGGCUGCAGCCGCCAUCUUCAAAGAAAAAUUGACCUGAAACACUAAAUCGACGGCAUCAGGAUUAAAGCAUUAAAGCAUUAAAAUGCAUUAAAGCACAAUAACACCUACUGAUUGAUCUCAAAAGGGUAACAUUUGUAAAUGACGAAGAGUAAACAACACAGAGGACAUUUUUAACAUAUAGGAGUGGCAUAUGGAAGAGAGUGCACAUACAGUAUAUGAUCAGUGUGUAUCAGUAAGAUCAAUGUAGCCAAAUACUGCUGGUAACCAAAUCCAAAACAAACAAAAAAAUUGCAUUUCAGAUUUGAAGGUGCCAUGAUGUUGGGAUUGAACAUGUCGCAUGGCCUUUCUCUGAAUUCACUUUUCAUUUGUGGAAUUAUAUUUGUGGGAUAAUCCUGAGAGCGCGAUGGUGCAUUCUGAGCAGUUUUUUGCGUUUGCGCUCAGGUUUGUGGCACAAAUACAACUCCAUAUGCAGUCAGUGCGGGAAAAAACGUGAGGUUACUUAUCCCGUAACCCCUGUUCUAUGAUAAGAAAGUAGAAUAGUUGAAAGAGAACUGCAGCGUUUGCAUUGCCGGUGUUAAAGAGUCCAUUCACUUUUUGUUUUUGAUUUACAAAUGACGUUAAAAACGUUACACCAUUCAACACAAACCAAUCCAAAAUGUGAAAUUAAAUUUGUGACCUCUGUUGUAUGUACAGUAUAGUAUGUGGUCGAACAUGUAUACGAGAUAUCAUUUGCAUACUUUGAUACCAAAAAGAAGGCAGAAUUUGUAUCCUCUACAUUGGCUUCAGCUUUAUCGAUGUUUUUUUUCUUCCUCUUUUGGUAGAGGAUUGGUUUUCAGGAUUUUAUCAUCUACGGUACUAGCGAGCAUCUCAUUGUGCUCUAUACUCUGUAUUCAAAGCCAAAAAAAAUGCAGUUGGAAUACAGAAAUGUUUAUAUAAAUUAAAAACGGAAACAAAUACACUGAUGGCACACAAAUCCAGAUAAUGUUUGGAUAUAUUUUUAUGUCUCCAUUUUGUGAAAAACAUUUUUUUCUUUUCAUUUGAUAUAAUGUUGGCUUUGCUACAGGAUUGUUUCUUUUUUUUAAUGCUACCAUUAUAUGUGAAUUAGCUGAGGAAUGCUCUAUAUACAGUAUGUAGAUAUGCACCUUUACUCGUUUUGAUUUUGAAUCUUUUGAUUUUGGACAGCAGCCAUUUUAACGCAGCCCGAUGGAGUUCCUGUUGGAUUUAAGGCAAAGUCCUCCUCAUUGUUUUCUACUAAGACCACCGACACAAGCCUGCCUCCAAGAUGGCUACUGUCUGAACGAAGGCGACAUGAAAGGUUUGCAUUAACCUCGCCCUUGGUAUUGUUUUUUAGCUUAACCGGACCCUCGUGGAAAACAAAACUCAAUCCCAACCUACAGCCUGAAACCACAGGUUGGUUUUUUUUAACAGUCGUCAGUGUGUUUGUAUUUAUUACACAUGUAUGAAAUCAUGGAUGUUCCAGAGCUACUGCGUGGAAAUCAACCACGGCAUGAUCACACCAAACAAAACUCACUUGGAUCAUUCGGGGCGGCUCCCCCCCUCGACUCACCCUCUCAGAAUAACAGUCGAGGGGGGUGGGGA